AAUGGCUUUUUGCAAUAAGCUAAGCCGUCUCGUGAGGCAGAGUGAGAACGCUUCCAUGAUUGGGUCUAUCAGGUCUUUCUCUGCUGAGGCCACUCACCAUAGAUACCACCAGGAGACUCACAACUUUCUUGAGCCAGAAAGCUAUAUUGGUAGCUGGGAAGCUCCAAAGGAUCCGAAAGAUGCAGAGAGGAAGCUUGCACAGCUUAGGAGAGAUUAUGCAAAGAAAGUUACAGUGUAUCGUAAAGAGUAUAUUCAUGAGAUUGAGAUACUUCGUGUUGAGAAGCAGGCUAAGGAUGAGGCUAGGUUGUUGGCUGAACGAGCUGCGAAUGAGGAGAGGAGACGGUUGAAGGCUGAGGCUGCUAAGGUUAGGGCUGAGGAACGUAAGAUUGCUGAUGAAGAGUUCAGGCAAACCCUGAUGAAAGAAAGGGCGGAAAAGCUAGAGAUCUGGAAAAUGAUGGGUAUAAAAAGGGAAGAGAAGAUCAAAGAGAGAAAGAAGCUACUACGUGAGCAGAGUUCAUUGUGGAUCGACCCAAAGGAACUGGAGAGGAAGAUUACAGAAGCCUUGGUUGAUACCAUUGUUCUUUAAACCAAAAAGCUUCUCUUCUUCUGAAUCUUUGUUUUAAGGAAGAAUCACUUUAGUCCCUUUUGGUUUGCAGGCCAAUUCAAUCCCGCUGGCAACAGAUGAGGAUUGAGCAUGAGAUGGUUGGGUAACAAAUUAAACCCAUUAAUUCAUAAAAACAAACCCCUUAAUUCAUAA